AUGGACUUGGCGCAGCUGCAGAGAAUCCUCAGCUCGCACGAUGAGCGUGUGGUAAACAUCUUUGUGAGCCACAUCCCCGAGCUGGGACUCCGCAACAUCGAUGACUGUGUCCUCGAGUACAUGCUCAAUAUGCUGGAGGGGCAGACCUCAUCGGAGUCAUACCUGCCGGAGGAAAUCAUUGUGGAGACCAUGAAGCUGUACUUCCGCGAGUUCAACGUUUUCAGCGGCGCCGAAGAGAAGCUAAACAAGAGCACUACGGCCAUCUGUGAGCAGAUGGUGAAUGAGGGCAUCACGAAGAAGCCGAGCGAGGAGUCGAGCCGGCUCGCCAGUGCCGUCAACAUCAGUCGCCAGUACGAGGAGAGCUUGAAGCGGGCAACGAUGAUCAAGAGCGUUGGCAAGGUCACAGCAGCGAACACGAACGAAGACUGGACGUGGGAGAUGAAACGCAGCGCCGCCAAGGACAUGCGCAAGAAGCGCAAGGAUGACGAGAAGAAGGCGAUGCUCGCCGAGGAGUACGAAGAGUUCCUGCGCAAGCGCGGCAUUUCCAGCACGACGGCCGUGACAAAACUUCACCACAAGGGCGAAGGCACCAACUACAGCACAGAUAUCCGCUGCGAAGCCAUUCACAUCCAACUCGGCAAGCAGGUGCUGCUGGAUGAGACGGACCUUGUGCUCCUGACAGGGCACAAGUACGGCCUCAUCGGCCGCAACGGCGCGGGCAAGACGACACUGUUGCGGGCCCUGGCAGAGCGAGAGUUGGAAGGUGUGAGUCCGUUCAUGCAGAUUCUGCACGUAGAGCAGGAGAUCGUGGCGGGGAUGGAGACGCCGCUCGAGGUGCUGCUGGCCACCGAUGUCGAGCGGUUGCAGCUGCUGCGUGAGGAGCAGGAGCUGCUGAAGCAAAACGAUACGGAGGCCAACGCGCGGCUGAACGACGUGUAUGCUCGGCUGGACGCAAUCGACGCCCACAGUGCCGAGGCGCGCGCGGCCACCAUCCUGCAUGGCCUGAGCUUCACGCAGGAUAUGAUGACCUCUCCAACCAAGCAGCUGUCCGGUGGUUGGCGCAUGCGUGUGGCGCUCGCACGCGCGCUCUUCGUCGAGCCCGACGUGCUGCUGCUGGAUGAGCCGACGAAUCACCUCGAUCUGUUCGCUGUGCUCUGGCUGGAGCAGUUCCUCAAAGACUGGCAAAAAACGCUGAUUGUCGUCUCCCACUCCCGCACCUUCCUCAACAACGUCUGCUCCGAAACAAUCCACCUCGUUGGUCACCACCUGCACUACUAUACAGGCAACUAUGAUCAGUUCGAGAUCACGCGCGUGGAGCAGGAGCGGCAGCAGAAGAAGCAGCACGCCGCCCAAGAGAAGCAUCGGGCGCACAUUCAGGCCUUCAUCGACAAGUUCCGCUACAACGCGAACCGGGCCAAGAUGGCGCAGUCACGCAUCAAGGCGCUCGAACGGAUGGAGAUGGUGGCCGACGUUGUCAGAGAUCCGCAGUUUGCCUUCACUUUUCCCGAUCCCGAGCCGGUGUCCGGCAGCUUCAUCGAGCUUGUGGACUGCGAAUUCGGUUACAAGCCCGGGGUCAGCCUUUUCAAGGACGUGAACAUGGGCAUCGAUGAGAACUCGCGCAUUGUCCUCGUUGGCGCGAACGGCGUCGGUAAGUCGACCCUUAUGAAUGUAUGCACCGGCAGCCUCCAGCCGCGCAGUGGUACGGUGGUGCGGAACAAGAAGAUCCGCAUUGCCCACUUUGCCCAGCACAACAUGGAAAGCCUCACCCCGCAGUUGUCCUCUCUCGAGUUCCUGCGCACCAAGUUCCCGCACAUGGAGGACCAACAGCUGCGUGCGCACCUCGGCAGCAUGGGCCUGUCCGGCGAGCGCGCGCUACAGCCGGUCUAUACUCUCUCCGGGGGUCAGAAGUCGCGUCUCGUGCUUGCCUGGAUCACGUUUCAGAAGCCACACCUGCUGCUACUGGAUGAGCCGACGAAUCACCUCGAUAUCGACACGGUGAACGCUCUCAUCGAGGCACUUCUGACGUACAACGGCGGGCUGCUUGUCAUCUCGCACGACGAGUACUUCAUUACGUCCCUGUGCGAUAACAUCUUUGUGUGCGAGAACAAUACCGUGAGGAAGUUUGAUGGCGACUUCGCCGAGUACCGCAAGCACGUCAUGAAGAUAAUGAAGUAA